GGAUCUCCCGAGAUAACUUGUGUGGGUUUUCCUUAGCGUCUCUCCAGGUGGAUUUCUCCAAUGGAUCACUUGAUAUGGACAUUCUUAUCUCUCAGCAUGAAUGUUUUAAGGGUAUGGGAGACACAGAGGGUAAAAGAGACCGGAUGGUGGGGGAAGAGACAGACAGACAAAGACAGAACUACAGACUUUUCUUUUUCAUUGUUGCUUUUAGAUAUGCUUUCUCUCUGAGUCCAGGCUCACACUGCAACUAAGUAGCUUACACUGGCCUUGAACUGCUAUCUUUCUAUUUCAGCAUCCUGAGUGCUGGGAUAACAAAUCUUUGCCUCUACCAGAAGCUGACCCAGGAAAUGGUAUACCAUCACUUCUGCUAUGUUCUACUGGGCAUACAGGCCAAUGCUGGUACAGCUGGUGCAUGCUUUGACUAGGAUGGCUGGGGAUAGCCUAGAGUUGAGGUAAGUUGGAAGACAUAAUUCAUAGUCUUGGUAUGAAAUGUUGGGGACGUGAGAUUAUAGCAUGUGGUACGGAAUAAUAUGAGCUACUGUGUUUGAAUACUUACUGCGCGCCAGAAACUCUUCUGAAUACUUUGUGCAAAGGCUAGGGUUAGGGUUAGUCUCUGGCAUGCAGUGAGCAUUCAAACAUGCUAGCCAGCCGUGCUCUGAGCACUUUGCAUGCAUUAGAACAUGCUAGCCAGCCAUGCUCUGAGCACUUUUUGCAUGCAUUGUCUCACUUAACUCUCAGGACAGCAGAGCAAGCCAGGCCCAGCUCCUACCCUGAGUGGGAAACUGCGAAGCUGAUGGGGGAGCGGGAAUGCGGCUGUUUGACUGGCUUGUCAGGACAGGGAGACAGAAGGAAUGUGGAAGACAAAAACCGAUGAUAACAUCAGUGUCCCAUGAGAUUUAGCUGGCUGAUGGGCCAGUUCCUUAGCUUCCAUCCAGGGAGUGUGAGGACACUGGCUGAGCAGAUGCAGCCAUGAUGCAGAGGCAGACAGGCCAUUCUAAAGCACCUCACAUGCAAUUCAAUGCAGCAGAAACUAAGCCCUGGGCCAUGGAUCCUCACAUGCAAUUCAAUGCAGCGGAGGAGACUAAGCCCUGCGUUAAGGUUGUCUGCAGCUCAGAAAGCCUAAGACAAACAUGGGCCAGCACAUCAGGCUUCUAAACUGAUUGGAUAGGCUGCACAAAGCCACGCAUGCUUCUUGUUUAUAGCGCUUCUCAGUACCCACAGAUGGUGGUCCUAGGUCGUUCCUCCUCCAGCCAGCGCUGUUUCCCUCCAUACAUCCCUGACAUUCCUCUCCUCCGGAAGAGGCCUGUUCACCUUUCCACUCCACUAAGCUUUCCUCCUUGAUCGUGCCACACCUGGAGUAACACAGGCCUCAGAGUUUGAUAAUUUACUUAAUGUCAACAAAAGAGAAAGGGGACAGCAAGCUGUGGAAUCGCAGGCGCAGAAGUGGAGAGAGCCAACUUGGCCUGCGGGGACCCAAGUUCCCAGAAGGGCCUGCCCGCCUCCGCGGCCUCCACCUAGCAAGCGGAGUUUGGAGAGGGCCAGGCUGUUGUACUGCGGGAGGCAAUCUGAAGGUGGCAGGUGCUUGGGCCACCUUGCUCAGGGUCCUAAGCAGGUUUGUCCACACUGAACAGCAUUUAAGAAAGAAACCUCUCUGCUGAGUUCCUGUCCCAGUGAGUCUUUACUGCCAGGUGUUCCACGCUCUGGGAAGGUCUGUGGAGGUGCCCAAGUCACAGCCUGCUGGUGGCAUACGUCAUUUCCAGAAGCUUCUUCUGCAGGUGUAGACAUUCUUGCUAUCAGCAAGCAUGCUGAAACAGAUACUGUCAGACAUGUUCAUAGACCCUGACCUGCUGGCAGAGCUCAGCGAAGAGCAGAAGCAGAUCUUGUUUUACAAGAUGAGGGAGGAACAGAUCCGACGAUGGAAAGAGAGAGAAGCAGCCAUGGAAAGAAAGGAGUGCUUGCCAGUGAAAUCCAGGCCAAAAAAAGAGAAUGGCAAAUCUGUCCAUUGGAAGCUGGGCGCCGACAAGAAGGUGUGGGUUUGGGUGAUGGGCGAACACCAUCUAGACAAGCCCUACGAUGUGCUCUGUGAGGAGAUCCUUGCUGAGAGGGCCCAUCUGAGAGCGGCGCAGGACUCGGAGCUCAGGAAAGCGCAGUCUGCAGAAAUCACCAAUAGCUUGAGAACAAAGUCACAGAACUGUGCUCAGCCAGAACUACAGAAGCUGGAGCCUCAGAAUGUCACCACGAAAGCAGCUGCAGAGCAGACAUCAGGGCAAGGACCCAGAACAAUACCAACCAAGAGUGACGACAGAGCCCACACUAAAGAACCCAUAAAGAAAAAAGAUGAGGAAAUAAAGCAAACAGAGGAUGAGAAAACCAAGCAGAUAUACAAGAGCUGGAAAGAGGAUUCCGAAUGGCAGGCAUCGUUGCGAAAAUCCAAAGCAGCUGAUGAGAAGAGACGCUCCUUAGCUAAGCAAGCACGGGAAGACUACAAGAGGCUUUCCCAAAGGGGAAGGAGCGGAGAGGGGAUGCAGAACCCUCUGGCUGGUCCACAGAAGCCCAGAAGACCCCCUCUUCCCCCGAAGCCCCAGUUCUUCCACCCACUAGGAAACUCUCCACAGUCUUUAGGGAAUCAGGGAGUGACACGGACAGAGUCCAGCUCCACCCAGGAGUCCAUCAUCCGAUGGUUCAAAGAGGAACAACUGCCAUUCCGUGCAGGUUACCAGAAAAACUCAGACACCAUUGCUCCCUGGUUCCAUGGGAUUCUCACUCUGAAGAAGGCAAACGAACUUCUGAGCAGCGCGGGCACACCAGGCAGUUUUCUCAUCCGGGUCAGUGAAAAGAUCAAGGGCUAUGCCCUGUCCUAUCUGUCGGAGGAGGGCUGCAAACACUUCCUCAUAGAUGCAUCCGCUGACUCCUACAGCUUCCUGGGUGUGGACCAGCUGCAGCACGCCACCCUGGCAGAUUUGGUGGAAUACCACAAGGAAGAGCCUAUAACCUCUCUGGGGAAGGAACUCCUGAUGUACCCCUGUGGUCAACAAGACAAGCUACCCGACUACCUCGAGCUCUUUGAGUGACAGCUCUCAUCCGGAUCAGCCUCCAGCCGGUUUGUCCUCUGGACAGAAACCUUUGAGGUGGACUUCGCAUGUGAUGCCAAAACCAUUCUGUGACAGAGCCAACAGUGAACGAUGUCUGUGGGGUCUUACCUGAAACCUCUGUUCUGCAUAAAUGCUGGAGAUCUAUUCAAGAGACUAUGACCUCUCCCUCAUCCUCAUUCUGGAAGGAAAAGGGAGAAGUGUACCCAUUUCAACAACAUCCUAAUCUGAAGGAUGGGACCUUGAAGGACAGGGCUAUAAUGGUGUAUAAAAGAUAAAUAACAGGGUAAAUUGAAAUCGUUUUAGCAAUUAAGGUGUUAUUCUAAAAAAAAAAUCAAAACAAUAGCAACAACAGAAAAUGAGCAAGCCAUUUUGUGAACUACAGGCUUCCUUUUGGUAUUUAGUCAAAGGUCUCAGUCUCCUGCUUGUAGCUUGGCUUUAAAAUGCCAGGUAAAAAUGUUCCCACUCAGGGCUGAGGUUCUCCUCAAAAGAUAACCUUUUCUGUGUGUUGUUGGAACCAGGAUUUAGCAGACAGAAAAGCAAGUCCCAACUGUGAAUUGAAGGAGAAGUUUUAACACCUGGGACGAACAAGAGACUUACCAUGUGCAACAAACGAACAAACAAAACCCAACCAAUCAACCAAACAAAUGAAAAAAAAAAAACCCACACACAGUAGUAGUAGGGAACUGGGACAUCUUAUAGCUUGUUGGUCAUUGCUCUGCCUCCCUCAGCUCUAUCUGUGAGCAGAUACUAAAGAUGAUCUGCAUGGCCACGUAAGGACUCCUGUGCUCAUGGUACAAAGAGAAAAACAGAGUGAGUGGUUUGAUAGCACCUACUGAGAGUUGAAUCGUGACCUACACCAAAACUAUGUGAGUCCUGACCUCCCUGUACACGGGUGUGACCUGAUGUAGAAACAGGGUCUCUGCAGACUAGAUAAGUAGGGUAGGCCCUGAUUCUCACGACUGACAUCUACACAAGGAAGGGAGGUUUAGAAAAUGACGCAUGGAAAGAUGAAGGCUAAGGGACCAUAGACCCAGAGAGUGAGUGACGUAACUGAGAUCAGGGGAUGCCAGUAAUUGUGGAAGAUGACGGGACCCAGGGCUCCAUUCUCCCUGAAACUCUAGAAGAGACACAGCCUUGUUCAGACUUGUUUGCGCCACUGUUUCAGCAUUCUAGGCUUUAGAACUGUGAGGUAAUAACCGUGGAAGUAACUGAAGAGCUGGUGGCUUUACAUCACUCUCAGAAAGCUAGUGCAAGAGCUUACGUAGCCCAGGCCCUACGCGUGUUCCAUGGCCUUGAUUCUUGUCACAGCCUGCACCGUCACUGUGAAAUGAAACUUGGGUAUGGGAGGAACAUUCCAAGCAAUGCUAUCCAGCCCUGGGCACAGAUUUAUUCAGCCAGAAAUCUCCUGCCCUGCAUCAUCCUGAAAUCAAGUCCCCAGUCAUUCUCAGCUCAGAUGGAUGAGAUGGGGCCAACCUCUGGAUGGUGACCAAGGAGGCCGCAAGGCAUUCAGUGCCACUUUUCCCAGAGGAAGGAACUUUGCUAAGCCCGCCUGUGCCCGCUUCCUCUCACUGGCCUCUUACCCGAAGUAGAAGGGCGCUGUAGGCGUCCCUUGUAUGCGUCAUUCAGAUACACAAUGUACCAACGUCGAGGCUGGCGUGCACCAGCGAGGAAAUUGAAAUUCAGAGCAUUGUCAGCUGUUUCUUGAAAUAGUUCACAUGGUAUAUGUUAUUAAAUUUUUGUAAGAUCUGC